AUGUAUACUCUGCUCGUAUCGGUCGCUGUCGUACUCGCGUCGCUCUCGGAGGGUGCUCGCGCCUACGUUGGAUCUAAAGAGAUGCUCCGCGAAGCAGGUGUGAGCGAGGCGUUGAUCUCCAAGAACAUUGGCUCUAUCAAGGUCCAAAACGACAACGUCAAAGUCAUUCCAACGGAAGGCGAGGUCGUGGAGAUCCGCAACGCGACUCUGGCAUCGCGCUUGAGCGAAGCCCUCGGGUACAGGCAGGCCGGUGGAAGCUGCAAGCACGUCGGCGGAGGGAGUGCCCUCGAGCGUCGAACCGACGGCUGCACUGGACAGGAGUGUUUUAGCGGUGCGGCGAAGGGCAAGAACUGCUUCACUGCUUCUUCGUGCACUUGUCUUAAGCAGUGUGGCCCCCACGGCAUUGGGUGCAGCUACUCAUGCUACCCCAUCGGGAGUUAA